UUCCUUAUCAUAUCUAUGAGAUUAGUUUUCAUAAUAAAUACUGUUAGUAUUGGGAACCUAACAAUCAGUUGACCUGAAGAUCUGAAGCAAACAUGUCUUUCCUGAACAAGAACUACAAAUUCGUCAGCCAAGAGAACUUCGAUGGGUUCCUCAAGGCAGUUGGUGUGCCUGAAGAUAGGAUUGAGAAGCUGAUGAAGUUCGCUCCAGAUCAGAAGCUGACCAAGGAUGGAGACAUUUACACUUACUACACAGUAACAUCUGAUGGGCCUCAGGAAAUCAAAUUCAAAUCUGGAGUAGAGAUUGAUGAACUUCUUGGCUCCUCAAAAGUGCCUGUUAAGAGCACAUACGUGGUUGAAGGUAACACAAUGACACAGACUGUCAAGUCUGCUGAAAAGGGAGUUGGAGUCUUCAAGAGGGAGUACAAUGGAGAUGAUCUUAUUGUGACCCUUACCCUUGAUAAAUGGGAUGGCGUUGCGAAGAGAUUCUAUAAGGCCGAAUAAAUUGGUCUUCCUCAUCACACUCUAGGCUGAAAUGUGGUCAUCACGUCAGAAGCAAGCUUUAAAAUGCCUCGUCAUUGUUCGCGUUCCUUUUUAAUUUUAUAUUUUUAAUUUAUUCUAUUUAUAGUUAGAUAUUGUUUGUGAAAGCAUUUAUUAAUUUUUAUUUAUAAUAAAAAAUCUCUACCAACUA